AUGUCACAACAACAAACAAGAAAAGCUUCGACAGCUGCACCAGCAAAAAUUGCUAAAGAUGCUACUACUGGUUCUCUUUCUAAUAACACUGAAGAACAAGAACAAAAAAAAUCUUCCAUAAAUUUUGAUGACCCCGGCAUGGAUAAAUCUAAGCUAACUCAAUUUGAUGCAGAUGAAGCUGUUAGUGCUGACCCUGAUAUAAAUGUUGAUGGUUUGGGUAUUUUUAGUCACAUACUGUUUCCUGAACCUUCUAUUAUUAUUGACAAUGAAUUUAUCACUGUUCGCUCGACAAUCUCACCUGGUACAUCAGCCACCUCGUAUAACGGAGUUAAAAGGCUUAUCUCAUUGUUAGAAAAACAUAAAAAUGAUAUUGAAGGUAUACUAAACCCUAAUCAAGUGUAUGCUAUAGGUCCUGAUUUUCAACAAGGUUGUACUAUACCAAACAUUGCUUGCUGGGUUAAUGGGUCUCUCAUUGAUGAAGAUAUCGAAAAGCUUUCAAAUAUCUUCGAUAAUGAAUUUGAAAUUGUGGUGAUACAUCUGGAUACUGAUGACAGCAAUAGUUUUGGCUAUAAAACACAGCAAUCUGGCGAUAAAAAUGAACCUAAAGAUAAAAGGAAUGAUGAUGACAGCGGGCAAAAGGAUUAUAACAGAAAUAAUAAAGAAAAUAAUCGUGAAGACAAAGGAUCAAAUGAAAAAAAUAGCGGUGAGGCCAGUGAAAAAAAUGGUGACGGAAGCAGUAGAAGAAACGGUAAAGGAAGCAGCAAAAAAAGCAAUGAUGAUGAAUAUAAAGAUUCUAGCAAAGACGACGAUAAUAAGUAUCUUUUAGUUGCCUCUACGGCAGUAGCCAAAGUUGCAAACACUAUUCCAGAAAUUGAACAAGAAUUCAGCAUAAAUGCUCGCGUCUGGGCAAACAUUUCUAAUAAAAAUAAUGAGCAGAGUAUUAAGUUUGAGGUUUGGUUAUUUGAUUGUAGAAUGGAUGAGCCGCUCAGUAGACAAUGGAAAUUACUUAAUGGGAAAGCUAUUGCCUAUAUUUUUGAUUCUAUUGAAAUUAGUGUUUCUCCAAAUCCAAGCAAAGUUGGUGCGAUUAUGCCAGAGAAUGCUUACGAACCAUUACUAUCCAACCAAGAGACUGAAUGUUCAAAAGGUAAAGAGACAAGCAAAAACAUUGGUGGUAAAGUUGGAUGUGAGAUUGGAACGACGUCUAAGUUUGUAGCCGAAGCAAAUCUUAAUUGUAGUGCAAGGAAUAUCCAUAAUAACAAAUCAGUAACAAGUGAAUGGAAUUUAAAGACCAAAGGAAGCAACAAAUCUGGAAUUUGUUGGUCAUAUGAAUAUACUACUGAUAAUAAUGCCGAUUAUAGAACUGACUUUCCAUUCGAUAAUCAUCAUCGUGGCAAUUGGGCAAUUGGAAAUAUGGUUGGAUUUCGUAUCGUUAUUAAGCAAGUAUUGCGUUACGCAAUAAUUAAGGGUAAUACUUAUAAGAAAAAGCAUAUAAAUAUAACGCAAUGCCCUAAAAUGGCUCAUACACUCGAAAUCUAUUUUAAAACUAUUGAAAAUUUUAAUGUUGAUUUUGCUGCACUCAAAAAGAGGCAUUUUAUUCAUGGAGAUCUUACUGUUACCCUAAACAAUAUUAAGGUUGCAAAUGACACCCAAAAUGUUUCAGAACUUAUGGAUAUAAACCGUGAUUUUAUGCAAAUCGAUCGAAAGAAGAAAAGAUUUUUCUUUUAG